AUGUCCACGAGUCAAUUAUUGUAUCCCGAUAUGAUUUAUCAAAUAUUGCAAUUUGUGGAUGAGCAGGAGAGGAUUGUACAAUGUUCUACUGUAUGUAGACAGUGGAGAGAAACAUGUCAAAUUAUUCCCAUUCACUAUUCGAUUCAAUCAAAAACAAAAUGCAAAUUAUUUAGAUUAAUUCCCUUUCGUAUUAAUUCAAUCAAUGUGCAACCUGAGAAUUAUUUGAAUAGAAUUGAUGAUUUGAAAGGUUUAUUUUCUCAUCAUUCGAAAAUUUGCUAUUUGGAAAAAAUUGAACUAGUAAUUGGAGAAUUUAAAGAAUUGAUUCUCCAAAUAAUUUCUUGUUCUGAUCAUUUGAGAAAGUUAGCCGAGUUGACUGCUUGUGAUUGUGGAAUUGAUGAUGAAUGCAUUGAAAAGAUGCAACAAUCCAAGUUGGCACUCUCAUUGAAAACAUUGAAAUUGAGAGGAAAUUCCAUUACCAAUAUUGACUUGUCCAAGUUUCCAAAUCUAACAAGUCUGUAUUUGGGACAAAACAAGUUGAGUUUAGAUUCGAUAAGAAAAAACUUUUCAGAGAUGAGAUUGGAUUACAAACUUGUCUAUUUAGAUGUCUCUGGUAAUGGAAUGUCGAAUGAAGGACUAUCAAUGAUAUCUAUGAGCAAGAAUUUGAAUUUAUCAACUCUAAAAAUUGGAUUCAAUCGUGCCAUUUCGAAUAGCAGUACAGAUCAUUUCUAUUUCAAUGGAAUGAAAUCUUCACAUCUCACUCACUUGGAUUUAGAAAAUCUUCAUCUCAACUCGGAUUGUAUUCAAUCUCUCUGUUCAAAUCCUCUCUCAAAUCUUACUGAACUCAACUUAGCGCGGAAUCUGAUUGGAAAUGAAGGUGUUAGGCAUUUAUCCAAUUGCAAUCAACUCAAAUCUCUUCAUACACUCUUGUUAGAUUAUAACAAGAUUGGAAAUGAGGGUGUAAAGCACUUGGCACAUAGUCAAAACCUUUCCAAUUUGAAAUUGCUGUUCCUUUCACAGAAUUACAUCAACGACGAAGGUGCUAACAUGUUGGCAAAAAGCAAUUGCCUUAGAAACAUUGUGUUUUUGGAUUUGAGUGAGAAUGGACAUAUUUCAAUUCGAGAAGCACUACCACCAUCAUUUUCAUUCGAGUGA